AUGAAGUCCACUUUCCUCACCGUCUUCGGCCUCGCUGCCGCCGCCGUUGCCCAGAGCACCAACCAGCUCCCCCAGUGUGGUCAAACCUGCGCCAGCAACAUGGUCAGCGCUGAGAAGUCCCGCGAGCUUGGAUGUGAUGCUGGUGACGUUAGCUGCCUCUGCACUAACUCCAACUUCAUCUACGGUCUCCGUGACUGCUCCGCUGCUAUCUGCAACGACGAGCAGGCCGCCGCUGUUCUGUCCUACGGCCUCGAGAUUUGCCGCCGAGCUGGUGUCGCGAUCACUACUGGUGCUUCUGGCUCCGUCUCGGCCUCUGCUACUGGCAGCGGCGCCGUACGAACCAUUCUCAGCACCCUGACUGAGAGUGGCUCUACCAUCACCUCCGCCGUCUCCACCAUCAGCGGCACUGCUACUGGCACCGACGCUGCAGAUGUUUCCGUGAGCACCUACACCAGUGUUUUCACCAACUCUGAGGGAGACGAGGUUACCAGCACCAUCAAGGAGAUCCUUGGCGGCCCUGUCCUCACCACCUUCACCUCCGGCGGAUCUACUAUCAUCUCUACCAUCGCUUCCGAGACCGAUUCCGCUGCCACCGACUCUGCUGAUGCUCAGCUCACCACCUUCACCACUGAUGGUACCAAGGUCAUCCGAACUCUCGUCACCGAGACUGCUUCUACCGACUCCACCGACUCCACCGACUCCACCGAUUCUGCGCAGCUCACCACCUUCACCACUGAUGGUACUAAGGUCAUCCGAACUCUGACCACCGUUACCACCGGUACUGAGUCUGGAUCCGAGUCGGUCAGCGAGACUGUUACUGACGCCUCCACCGCCACUGAGGGUGCUACCGACGCUACCGGCACUGAUGCCUCAGCAACUGCCACCACCACCUCGGACAAUGCUGCUAUGGCCAAGAUGACUGGUGCCCCUGCCGGUGUCAUUGCCGCUGCUGGUAUUGCCAUGCUCCUCCUUUAA